GUGAAGAAGGAAAUCUCAGACAUUUAUACAUCCAAAAGAAACAUGCAGACAGAAUGUAGGUUUCUUAUUUUAAAAAAAGGCAAUUACUAUCAGGGAUGAGCAUAACACUCUAUUUAUACUGAAGUGUAAUGAUUGUGGUAUAAACUUUUAUAAUAAAGCCAUUUAUGACACUCACAUGAGGACACAUACCAUAAACAGCAUUCACACAGUUGAGAAGGCAUUCACACAGCAUACACACACUAGUGAAAAGCCUUUUUCUGUCUCAGAAUGUGGAAAAUCCUUUACCCAGAGAGUAAGUCUCCUUAGCCACCAGAAAACGCACACAGGAGAGGAGCCAUACUCGUGUACUCAGUGCAGUAGAAGCUUCAGUCAGAGAUCAGACCUUACUAAGCAUAUGAGAACUCACACUGGUGAAAAGCCAUUUUCUUGCUCAGAAUGUGAGAAAUCUUUUACUCAGAAAGCACAUCUUGUAAAACAUCAGAGAACGCACACUGGUGAUAAACCAUUCUCAUGCUCUGUUUGUGGGAUAUGGUUUGCUCAUAAAUCGUCUCUCAUAACUCACCAGAGAAUUCACACAGGAGAGAAACCAUUUGCUUAUUCUGUGUGUGGGAAACUAUUUGCGCAGAGCUGAAAUCUCUUCAAACAUGAAAAGAUUCACACAUGACAAAAAAAUAAAAAAUUGUAAGACAUCUUUUGGAUUUAAGAGUAUUCAUAGCAGCCAUCAC